AAAAAGGUCAAUUAAAGAAAUGAAUGCAAUUUGCACAAACAGCCAUGGUUAUGCGAAAAAUAUCAAGCGGGUUAAACAACUCAUGCUACUCGCUCUUUUACGAACAUUGGCAGGGAGCACUUCCCACGUCCACCGGCAGGGUGAGCAGGAAGUUAAAGGCGCACGCGCACACGCUCGUUCACACCUGGGCUUCUCCUCCUUCGCUAGGCGCGCGCUAUCCAAUGAGCUGCGACCUCUUCCGCUUCGGCUCUCACCGCUUCAGCCGCAGCAUCUUUCCCCAUUCUCCAGCCUGGUUCCCACACUGCAGGCGCCAUCCGGGAGACAGCUCGCCAUGGCUGACCUGGGAGAGGGAGAGGAUGAGAUCCAGUUCCUGCGAACAGAUGAUGAAGUGGUCCUACAAUGCUCAGCUACAAUCCAAAAGGAGCAACAGAAGCUCUGCCUGGCAGCUGAGGGCUUCGGAAACAGACUCUGCUUCCUGGAGUCCAUCUCUAACUCCAAGAAUGUACCUCCAGAUCUAUCCAUCUGUACCUUUGUGCUGGAGCAGUCACUAUCUGUACGAGCCCUCCAGGAGAUGCUGGCCAACACAGAAGAGAAGACUGAAGGGAUGGCCCAGGGUGGUGGACAUCGCACUUUGCUGUAUGGGCACGCUGUUUUACUACGACACUCGUACAGUGGAAUGUUCUUGUGCUGUCUGUCCACCUCCCGUUCAUCCACAGACAAACUGGCUUUUGACGUGGGAUUGCAGGAGGAUACCACAGGUGAGGCGUGCUGGUGGACCAUUCAUCCAGCAUCAAAGCAGCGUUCAGAGGGAGAGAAGGUUAGAGUGGGAGAUGAUCUCAUCCUGGUCAGCGUCUCCUCUGAAAGAUAUCUGCAUCUGUCCUAUGGGAAUGGCAGUCUCCAUGUAGAUGCAGCUUUCCAACAGACACUAUGGAGUGUGGCUCCCAUCUGUUCUGGCAGUGAAGUAGCACAAGGAUUCCUGAUAGGAGGGGAUGUGUUGCGGCUCCUCCAUGGUCAUAUGGACGAAUGUCUGACUGUUCCAUCAGGGGAACAUGGAGAGGAACAUAGGAGGUCAGUGCACUAUGAAGGAGGAGCAGUUUCAAGUCAUGCUAGGUCCCUGUGGAGGCUGGAAACACUGCGAGUCAUGUGGAGUGGGAGUCAUAUCCGUUGGGGUCAGCAUUUCAGACUAAGACAUGUGACCACAGGGAAAUAUCUAAGUCUGACUGAAGACAAGUCUCUUCUUCUGAUGGACAAAGAGAAGGCUGAUGUCAGGUCUACUGCAUUUUGCUUUAGGUCGUCCAAGGAAAAACUUGACCCUGGUGUGAGGAAGGAAGUGGAUGGGAUGGGUACACCAGACAUUAAGUAUGGAGACUCUGUGUGCUAUAUUCAACAUGCCAACACCUCCCUGUGGCUUACUUACCAAACUGUUGAUGCAAAGUGUGCACGCAUGGGUGGAGUACAAAGAAAGGCCAUCAUGCACCAUGAGGGUCAUAUGGACGACGGUCUCACACUGUCUCGGUCACAACAUGAGGAGAGCCGUACUGCCAGAGUCAUCCGCAGCACCGUCUUUCUGUUCAACCUUUUCAUCAGGGGACUGGACACCGUAAGAAAGAAGGGAAAAAGUUCCACUUUAGAUCUUCCAAUAGACUCAAUCAGUCUGAGUCUCCAGGACCUGAUUGGCUACUUCCAGCCACCUGAAGAUCAUCUAGACCAUGAAGACAAGCAGAACCGGCUGCGAGCUCUAAAAAACAGACAGAACCUCUUUCAAGAGGAGGGGAUGAUCAGCCUGGUGCUGGAGUGUAUUGAUCGUCUCCAUGUGUACAGCAGUGCAGCUCACUUUGCUGAGGUAGUUGGAAGGGAGGCUGCAGAGGCCUGGAGCUCCAUUCUAAACUCCUUAUAUCAACUGCUGGCUGCACUGAUUCGAGGAAACAGGAAAAACUGUGCACAGUUUUCUGGCUGUCUUGACUGGCUGAUAAGCAGACUGGAACGACUGGAAGCUUCUACAGGGAUCUUGGAGGUGCUUCAUUGUGUUCUGGUGGAAAGCCCUGAGGCCCUAAACAUAAUCAAAGAGGGACACAUCAAAUCUAUUAUUUCUCUUCUGGACAAGCAUGGACGCAACCAUAAGGUCCUAGACGUGUUGUGUUCAUUGUGUGUAUGUAAUGGCGUAGCAGUGCGCUCCAACCAACACCUGAUCUGUGACAACCUGUUACCAGGAAGAGAUCUGCUACUGCAGACCCACCUCAUCAACCACGUAAGCAGUAUGCGCCCCAACAUCUUCCUUGGUGUCAGUGAUGGCUCUGCCCAGUACAAAAAAUGGUACUACGAACUGAUUGUUGAUCAGAUGGUGCCAUUUGUCACAGCUGAACCCACUCACCUCAGGGUUGGCUGGGCCAAUACCUGUGGCUAUGCACCGUACCCCAGUGGAGGGGAGGGCUGGGGAGGCAAUGGGGUUGGUGAUGAUCUCUAUUCCUACGGCUUCGAUGGACUUCAUCUUUGGUCUGGCUGCAUUGCACGGACUGUUACAUCACCCAAUCAGCACCUUUUGCGUUCUGAAGAUGUGGUGAGCUGCUGCCUGGACCUGAGCAUUCCCAGUAUCUCCUUCAGGAUCAACGGCCAACCAGUUCAGGGCAUGUUUGAGAACUUCAACUCAGAGGGCCUUUUUUUUCCUGUGGCCAGUUUCUCUGCGGGGGUCAAGGUGCGUUUCCUCCUUGGGGGGCGUCACGGAGAGUUCAAAUUUCUUCCUCCUUCUGGCUAUGCUCCUUGCUAUGAGGCAGUGUUGCCCAGGGAGAAGCUCAAACUGGAGGCCAGCCAGGAUCAAACCGUAGCCAAAGACCUGUUGGGACCCACCAUCACUCUCAGCCAGGCUGCAUUCACACCCAUACCUGUGGACACCAGCCAGAUUGUUCUGCCAUCUCACCUAGAGAGAAUCCGGGAGAAACUUGCAGAAAAUAUCCAUGAACUUUGGGUGAUGAACAAAAUAGAACUGGGCUGGACAUACGGUGUAGUGCGAGAUGAUAACAAACGGCAGCACCCUUGCUUGGUGGAGUUUUCAAAGCUUCCUGAACAGGAACGAAGCUACAACCUGCAGAUGUCCCUGGAGACACUGAAGACUCUGCUUGCUUUGGGUUGCCAUGUUGGGCUAGCAGAUGAACAUGCUGUUCAAAAAGUAAAGAGCAUGAAACUAUCACCAACUUAUGAGUUGUCAGGUGGCUACAAACCUGCUCCUUUGGACCUGAGUCACAUCAAACUGACUCCCGCACAGGAAGCAAUGGUGGACAAACUGGCUGAAAAUGCACACAAUGUCUGGGCCAGAGACCGAAUCCGCCAAGGCUGGACCUAUGGUAUCCAACAGGAUGUGAAGAACCGCAGAAACCCUCGGCUCGUUCCCUACAUCUUGCUUGAUGAAAGAACCAAAAAGUCUAAUAAAGACAGUCUGAGAGAGGCUGUUAGGACACUGCUGGGCUACGGAUAUAAUCUAGAAGCUCCAGAUCAGGAUCAUGCUGCUCAGUCUGAUGUCAGCAACAUGUCUGCAGAAAGAUUUCGCAUUUUCAGAGCAGAGAAAACGUAUUGCGUUAACGCUGGGAAGUGGUACUUCGAGCUGGAGGUAAUUACAGCUGGAGAAAUGAGGGUAGGCUGGGCAAGGCCAGGCUGUCUACCAGACCAGGAGCUAGGAUCUGACGACCAGGCCUUUGUCUUCGAUGGCUUUAAGGUCCAGCGCUGGCAUCAGGGCAAUGAGCACUUUGGGCGUGCCUGGCAGACUGGUGAUGUAGUGGGAUGUAUGGUGGAUCUGAAUGAGCAUACAAUGAUGUUCACUUUGAAUGGAGAGGUGCUGCUGGAUGAUUCUGGAUCUGAACUGGCCUUCAAAGACUUUGAAGUCGCUGAAGGAUUCAUCCCAGUGUGCAGUCUGGGAGUGUGUCAGGUUGGGAGGAUGAAUUUUGGAAAAGAUGUCAGCACUUUGAAGUACUUCACCAUCUGCGGCCUGCAGGAAGGCUAUGAGCCGUUUGCUGUCAACAUGAAUCGGGAUGUAACCAUGUGGCUCAGCAAGAGGCUUCCUCAGUUUGUCCCUGUGCCCCCCAACCACCAACACAUUGAGGUGACUCGGAUGGAUGGAACAGUGGAGUCAUGUCCCUGCCUUAAGGUCACCCAGAGAUCAUUUGGUUCACAGAACAGUUACAAUGACAUCACCUUCUACAGACUGAGCAUGCCAAUAGAAUGCGCUGAAGCCAGAUCCCCAUCUUAUGGCAGCAUUUUCUCACCAAAGAAGGAGCUGGAAGAUUUUGAAUCUAUGUCAGACUUUGAAGUCCUGCUGAAGUCAUCUCAUGGUCCCAAUGGUCCAGGUGGACCUGACAGAGAUGAAUGUAAUAACCACAAAGAUUACACCCAGGAGAAGCCCUCCAAACUAAAACAACGGUUCACGCUGAAGAAAAACAAGCCAGACAACACCUGUACCUCAUCUGCUCGUCUGUCACAGGAGGUAGUGGCCGAUGACAGAGAGGGCUAUGAAGGCUUUGUGCAAGCUUCUACUUACUAUUAUUCAGUGCGGAUCUUCCCUGGUCAGGAGCCCAAUAGUGUGUGGGUCGGCUGGGUGACCUCUGACUUCCAUCAGUAUGACCCCAGCUUUGAGCUGAGUAAGGUCCGAACUGUCACAGUUACCCUGGGUGAUGAGAAGGGAAAGGUUCAUGAAAGCAUAAAGCGCAGUAACUGUUACAUGGUGUGGGCAGGAGAGAGCAGCAGCCCAGGACCGGGCAGGAACAAUAACGGCCUGGAGAUCGGCUGUCUGGUUGACACAACAAAUGGUCUGCUAACCUUCACAGCCAACGGGAAAGAGCUCAGCAUUUAUUACCAGGUGGAGCCCAGCACAAAACUGUUUCCUGCCGUUUUUGCCAAGGCCACCAGUCCCAACAUCUUCCAGUUUGAACUUGGUCGUAUCAAGAAUGUGAUGCCUCUGUCAGCUGGUUUGUUUAAAAGUGAGAGAAAGAACCCAGUUCCCCAGUGCCCGCCACGCCUUCAUGUGCAGUUUCUCACUCCUGUGUUAUGGAGCCGUGUUCCCAACCACUUCCUCAAGGUUUUAGCUAGCAGAGUGAAUGAUCGACACGGCUGGCAGGUCCAAUGUAGUGAUUCUCUGCAGUUCAUGUCUCUACACAUACCCGAGGAGAACAGGUCGGUGGAUAUCCUGGAGCUGUCAGAGCAGAAGGACUUAUUAAAGUUUCACUACCACACUCUCAGACUGUACUCUGCAAUCUGCGCUUUGGGAAACAAUCGAGUGGCUCAUGCUCUCUGCUCACACGUUGAUGAGGCACAGCUCCUUCAGGCUAUAGAGAAUAAGUAUAUGCCAGGUUUGCUUCGUGCGGGCUACUAUGACCUCCUCAUUGACAUCCACCUGAGGAGUUAUGCAACAGCUCGAUUGAUGAUGAAUAAUGAAUACAUUGUGCCCAUGACGCAUGAAACCAAAAGCAUCACUCUGUUUCCAGAUGACCUGAAGAAGCAUGGCCUGCCAGGCAUUGGGCUCAGUACAUCCCUGAGACCCAGAAUGCACUUUUCCUGUCCAAGUUUUAUACGUAUGACUGAAUCCUCAUUCCACGACAAUGGAAACAGUGGAUCAGGAAAUUGUUUCCAGUACAGCCCUGAAUUCCCAUUAGAUAUUUUAAAAGUUAAAACUAUUGAGAUGCUGACAGAGGCAGUGCGGGAAGGCAGCAUGCAUGUGCGGGAUCCAGUAGGGGGCAGUACAGAGUUACUCUUUGUUCCUCUCAUCAAGCUGGUCUACACCAUGCUUAUUAUGGGAAUUUUCCAAAAUGAAGAUCUGAAGAACAUUCUCCAGCUCAUUGAACCAUCUGUGUUCUCUGAACGAAGACACGGACAAGAAAAGAUUCCCAGUGAACCGGAGUCGCUGAAGAAUGUGGAAACAGCAGGAAGAGUAGAGGAUGGAGCAAGGAACCUGCCAAAUGAAGGACUACUACAGAUGAAGCUACCAGAGCCUGUUAAACUUCAGAUGUGUCAUGUGCUGCAGUACCUGUGUGACUGUCAGGUGCGACAUCGUAUUGAGGCGGUGGUGGCCUUCUCUGAUGACUUUGUGGCAUGUCUCCAAGACAACCAGCGCUUUCGCUACAAUGAGGUGAUGCUGGCUCUCAACAUGUCUGCUGCGCUCACUGCCAAGAAAACCAAAGAGUUUAGAUCUCCCCCACAGGAACAGAUCAACAUGCUGCUGAACUUCAAGGACAACAAGCAGGACUGUCCCUGUCCGGAAUACAUCCGGGAGCAGCUGCUGGACUUCCAUGAAGAUCUGAUGAGACACUGUGAGUUGGAUGAGGAGAGAGGAAUGGAUGGUGACAAUGAUUUCACCAUUCGAGGUCGUCUCAUGUCGCUGGUGGAGAAGGUGUCCUACCUUAAAAAGAAGAUGGGAGGCUUGCCGAAGGAAAAAAAGGACAGAAAACCCAGUACUUUACAGCAGCUUAUCUCGGAUACGAUGGUCCGCUGGGCUCAGGAGUCGGUUAUAGAGGAUCCAGAGCUUGUGAGAGCCAUGUUUGUUCUUCUGCACCGCCAGUACGAUGGCAUUGGAGGACAGGUUCGAGCUCUUCCUAAAGCCUACACAAUAAAUGCAGUAUCCAUAGAGGACACUAUUAACCUGCUGGCUGCUCUGGGCCAGAUCCGAUCUCUGCUGAGCGUCCGGAUGGGCAGAGAAGAGGAGAAACUGAUGAUCAGAGGGCUAGGAGACAUCAUGAGUAACAAGGUGUUCUACCAACAUCCCAACCUGAUGAGAGCUCUGGGGAUGCACGAGACGGUCAUGGAGGUCAUGGUUAAUGUUCUCAGUGGGGGAGACUCAAAGGAAAUCACUUUUCCUAAAAUGGUGGCCAACUGUUGUCGGUUUUUGUGCUACUUCUGCCGCAUCAGUCGACAAAACCAAAAGGCCAUGUUUGAUCAUCUGAGCUACCUGUUGGAGAACAGCAGCGUAGGCCUUGCAUCUCCAUCCAUGCGUGGAUCCACUCCUCUGGAUGUGGCUGCAGCAUCAGUCAUGGAUAACAAUGAACUAGCUCUGGCUCUAAGAGAACCAGAGCUGGAAAAGGUGGUGCAGUAUCUGGCUGGCUGUGGGUUACAGAGCUGUGUGAUGCUCAUGCACAAAGGAUACCCUGACAUCGGCUGGAACCCUGUGGAAGGGGAGCGAUACCUGGACUUUCUGCGCUUUGCUGUCUUUUGCAAUGGGGAGAGCGUGGAAGAGAAUGCCAAUGUUGUGGUGAGGCUUCUUAUUCGCCGGCCUGAAUGCUUCGGCCCCGCUCUACGAGGUGAAGGUGGUGAUGGAUUGCUUGCAGCGAUAGAGGAAUCCAUUAGAAUCUCUCAGGAUCCUUCCAGAGAUGGCCCGUCUCCAGUUUCUGAGAGCAGCAGAACACUCAGUGACAUGAUGGAUGAAGAGGAAGAUGAUACCAUCCACACAGGCAAUGCUAUUAUGACCUUUUAUUCUGCACUUAUCGACCUGCUGGGCCGCUGUGCUCCAGAAAUGCAUCUGAUCCAUGCUGGCAAAGGUGAAGCAAUCCGUAUCAGAGCCAUUUUGAGGUCACUGAUUCCUAUCGAAGACCUGGUUGGAGUCAUCAGCAUUCCCUUCUCCAUGCCUAACCUCGCUAAAGAUGGGAUAGUUGUGGAGCCAGACAUGUCAGCAGGUUUCUGUCCAGACCAUAAAGCAGCCAUGGUCUUGUUCCUGGACCGUGUCUAUGGUAUAGAAGACCAGAAUUUCCUCCUCCACCUUCUUGAGGUUGGAUUCCUACCAGAUCUCAGAGCCGCUGCCUCUCUGGACACUGCUGCUCUCAGUGCCACAGACAUGGCACUUGCCCUCAACAGGUACCUAUGUACAGCAGUGCUGCCCCUCCUAACCAAAUGUGCUCCUCUGUUUGCGGGAACUGAGCCAUUUGCCUCAUUAAUCGACUCCCUUCUUCAUACGGUUUACCGCCUUUCCAAAGGCUGCUGCCUUACCAAAGCACAAAGGGACGCUAUAGAGGAGUGUCUGCUGGCAGUUUGUGGUAAGCUGAGGCCUUCAAUGAUGCAGCACCUGCUGAGGAGGCUGGUGUUUGAUGUUCCGUUGCUAAAUGACCACACCAAGAUGCCUUUGAAGCUGCUGACCAAUCACUAUGACCGUUGCUGGAAGUAUUACUGUCUAUCUGGAGGCUGGGGGAGUUUUGGAGCAGCUUCAGAUGAAGAGCUUCACCUCUCCAGGAAACUGUUCUGGGGAAUAUUUGAUGCUCUGUCCUGCAAGAGUUAUGACCAGGAACUGUUUAAGCUGGCGCUGCCAUGUCUGAGUGCGGUAGCUGGCGCACUGCCUCCAGAUUACAUCGAGUCCAACUACAUGGCAAUGAUGGAGAAACAGUCGUCCAUGGAUUCAGAGGGAAACUUCAACCCACAACCUGCUGACACCACUAAUGUAAUUGUUCCUGAGAAGCUGGACUAUUUCAUCACCAGAUAUGCUGAGCAUAACCAUGAGAGGUGGUGUAUAGAAAAGUUUUCCAAUGGUUGGACAUAUGAAGAACACAUGUGUGAGAGCAGUAAGACACAUCCUCUGCUGAAGCCAUACAAAAGCCUUUCUGAGAAGGAUAAGGAGGCGUACUGCUGGUCUGUCCGAGAGUCACUGAAGACAAUGCUGUCAUGGGGCUGGAUCAUUGACAGAAACAGAGAAGGAGAUACUGCCACCCUUCACAACAAAUCUAGACGGAUUUCACAGACCAGCCAGUUAUCGUUUGAAGGCAAUCCAGCUUUUAGCCCAAGACCCGUUGACAUGAGCAAUGUCACACUGUCCAGAGACAUGCAGUCAAUGGCCGAGCUGCUUGCAGAGAAUUAUCACAAUAUCUGGGCAAGAAAAAAGAAAAUGGAGCUAGAAGCCAAAGGUGGAGGAAGGCAUCCUCUUCUAGUUCCCUUUGACACACUGACUGCCAAAGAGAAAUCCAACGACAGAGAAAAAGCUCAAGACAUCCUCAAGUUUCUCCAGAUCAAUGGUUACAUUGUAUCCAGAGGUAAGAAGUCUCCAGAGCUGGACACUCCAGCAAUUGAGAAGAGAUUUGCCUACACCUUUCUCCAGAAGCUUAUCGCAUAUGUAGACCAGGCUCACCACCAUAUGAUGGAGUUUGAUGUGGGAACACAGCUGAAGGGAGGGGAGAUUCCUCAUGAACAGCAAAUAAAGUUCUUUGGAAAGGUUGUUUUGCCAUUGGUGGACCAGUACUUUAAAAACCACAGACUCUACUUCGUAUCCACAGCCAUCCACCCAAUCAGCAGUGGAGGCCAUGCCUCAAAUAAGGAGAAAGAGAUGGUGACCAGUCUUUUUUGCAAACUGGGAGUUCUUGUCAGACAUAGGAUUUCCUUAUUCGGGAACAAUGCAACAUCCAUUGUCAACUGUCUUCAGAUAUUGGGAAAAAGUCUAGAUGCCAGGACAGUAAUGAAGACUGGGCUCGAGUCUGUGAAGACAGCUCUGCGCUCCUACUUUGAUAGUGUGGCAGAAGAUUUGGAGAAAACUCAGGAGAACCUGAAGCUCGGUCAAUUCACCCACACCAGAGAGCAACCAUGUGGUGUCACUCAGAUCAUCAACUAUACCACAUUCGCCCUGCUGCCAGUGCUCUCCUCCCUCUUUGAGCACAUCGGACAAAACAUUUUUGGAGAGGACCUUAUGUUGGAUGAAGUCCAGGUGUCCUGCUACAGAAUACUGAAUAGUCUCUACUUUCUGGGAACCAACAAAAGCAUCUAUGUGGAGAGACAGCGGCCGGCUUUGGGAAAAUGUUUAGCUACCUUCUCAGCAGCCUUCCCUGUCGCCUUCCUGGAGCCACACCUGAACAAGUUUAACAGCUUCUCCAUCUUCAACAACAAAACAAGCAAAGAGAGAACAGCUAUGGGCCUGUCAGGGCCUGUUGAGGAGGUGUGUCCUUUGGUCCCAAACCUCGAAAAGUCUCUGGAAGAAAUCAUGGAGUUGGCAGAGUCUGGGAUGAGGUACACUCAGAUGCCUCAUGUGAUGGAGGUAGUGUUGCCCAUGUUGUGCAGCUAUAUGUCUCACUGGUGGGAGCAUGGACCAGAAAGCAAUCCUGACAAAGCCGACAGCUGCUGUACAUCUGUUACCUCUGAGCAUAUGAACAAUCUGCUGGGAAACAUUCUGAAAAUCAUCUACAACAACCUGGGAAUUGAUGAGGGGGCUUGGAUGAAAAGACUGGCUGUCUUCUCCCAACCAAUCAUCAGCAAAGCUAAAGCCCAACUGUUACAGACCCAUUUCCUUCCUCUGAUGGAUAAACUAAAAAAGAAAGCUGCAGUUGUGCUGAUGGAUGAAGAGCACAGCAGGGCUGAAGGAAGAGGUGAAAUGUCAGAGACAGAGCUCCUCAUCAUGGACCAGUUCACUAUAUUGGUUAGAGACCUGUAUGCCUUCUACCCCCUGCUGAUACGAUUUGUGGACUACAACAGAGGAAGAUGGUUAAAAGAAUCCAACCAGGAGGCUGAGGAGCUGUUCAGAAUGGUGGCUGAAGUUUUCAUAUUUUGGGCCAAGUCUCAUAACUUCAAGAGAGAAGAGCAAAACUUUGUGGUCCAGAAUGAAAUCAACAACAUGUCAUUCCUUAUCUCUGACACCAAGUGCAAAAUGUCAAAGGGUAUAGUUUCAGACCAGGAGAGGAAAAAAAUGAAGAGGAAGGGUGAUCGAUACUCUAUGCAGACAAGUUUGAUUGUAGCCACUCUGAAGCGCCUGCUCCCUGUGGGACUGAACAUCUGUGCUCCAGGAGAACAGGAACUCAUAUCACUGGCUAAAAACCGCUUCACACAGAAAGACACAGAGGAUGAGGUUCGAGAGAUCAUAAGGAGCAAUAUCCAUUUACAAGGGAAGCUGGAGGAUCCAGCUAUUCGUUGGCAGAUGGCUUUGUACAGAGACCUCCCUAACCACUAUGAGGAUACCUCUGACCCAGAAAAGACUGUGAAAAGAGUCCUGGACAUCGCUCAUGUCCUCUUCCACCUAGAGCAGGUGGAGCAUCCUCAGCGCAGCAAAAAAGCUGUGUGGCACAAACUGCUGUCCAAACAAAGGAAGCGGGCUGUGGUUGCCUGUUUUAGGAUGGCACCCCUCUAUAACCUGCCAAGACAUCGUGCUGUAAACUUGUUCCUGCAAGGCUAUGAGAAGUCCUGGAUUGAGGCGGAAGAGCAUUAUUUUGAAGACAAACUUAUCGAGGACCUUGCUAAAGCAGGUGAAAGAGAGUCAUCUGAAGAAGAGGAGGGCAUAAAACAUAUAGAUCCACUCCAUCAACUUAUUCAGCUCUUCAGCAGAACUGCUCUCACUGAGAAAUGUAAACUGGAUGAAGAUAACCUUUACAUGGCUUAUGCUGACAUCAUGGCUAAGAGUUGUCACGACGAAGAGGAUGAAGAAGGAGAAGUAAAAAGUUUUGAAGAGAAGGAGAUGGAGAAGCAAAAGCUGUUGUAUCAGCAGGCCCGACUGCAUGACCGUGGAGCUGCAGAAAUGGUUCUUCAAACAAUCAGCGCCAGUAAAGGUGUUAUGGGCCCUAUGGUUGCAUCCACUCUGAAGCUGGGCAUAGCCAUUCUUAAUGGAGGAAACUCAACUGUACAGCAGAAAAUGUUGGAUUAUCUAAAGGACAAGAAGGAUGUGGGCUUCUUUCAAAGUCUGGCUGGGCUGAUGCAGUCUUGCAGUGUUCUGGAUCUGAAUGCAUUUGAGAGGCAGAACAAAGCUGAGGGACUGGGGAUGGUGACAGAGGAGGGAUCAGUCAUCACUCAUGAGCGUGGUGAGAAGGUCAUGCAGGAUGAUGAGUUCACGUGUGACCUUUUCCGCUUCCUGCAGCUGCUUUGCGAAGGACACAACUCAGAUUUCCAGAACUACUUGAGGACACAAACUGGGAACAAUACAACUGUCAAUAUCAUUAUAUCUACUGUUGACUACCUACUCAGAGUUCAGGAAUCUAUCAGUGAUUUCUACUGGUAUUAUUCUGGGAAGGAUGUUAUUGAUGAGCAGGGCCAGAAGAAUUUCUCCAAGGCAAUUAACGUGGCCAAACAGGUGUUCAACACGCUUACUGAGUACAUCCAGGGCCCAUGCACUGGCAACCAGCAGAGUUUGGCUCACAGUCGACUGUGGGAUGCUGUGGUUGGCUUUCUACAUGUCUUCGCACACAUGCAGAUGAAAUUAUCACAGGACUCAAGUCAGAUUGAGUUACUAAAGGAGCUGAUGGAUCUGCAGAAAGACAUGGUGGUUAUGUUGUUGUCUAUGCUGGAAGGUAAUGUAGUGAAUGGGACAAUCGGGAAACAGAUGGUUGAUAUGUUGGUGGAAUCGUCCAACAAUGUGGAGAUGAUCCUGAAGUUCUUUGAUAUGUUCCUGAAACUGAAAGACCUGACCUCCUCUGAUGGUUUCAAGGAGUAUGAUCCCGAUGGAAAAGGUGUCAUCUCCAAAAGGGACUUUCAUAAGGCCAUGGAGAGCCACAAACACUACACCCAAUCUGAAACAGAGUUCCUCCUCUCCUGUGCUGAGACUGAUGAGAAUGAACUUCUGGACUAUGAGGAGUUUGUCAUGCGUUUUCAUGAACCAGCCAAGGACAUUGGCUUCAACGUGGCAGUUUUGUUGACCAACCUGUCCGAACACAUGCCUCAUGACACCCGCUUACAGACCUUUCUGGAGCUGGCAGAGAGCGUCCUCAACUACUUCCAGCCAUAUCUCGGCCGGAUCGAGAUCAUGGGCAGCGCCAAGCGCAUUGAGCGGGUCUACUUUGAAAUCAGUGAGUCCAGUCGGACACAGUGGGAGAAACCUCAGGUUAAAGAAUCAAAACGCCAGUUUAUCUUUGAUGUGGUGAAUGAAGGCGGAGAGAAAGAGAAGAUGGAGCUGUUUGUGAAUUUCUGUGAGGACACCAUCUUCGAAAUGCAGCUAGCUGCGCAGAUGUCUGAUGCUGGCGAACGCUCAGCUGUGAAAGAGGAGAGUGAACGAGAGAAAUCCGAUGAAGAAAACCCUGACAUGGGCUUUUUCUCUGUUUCCACUGUGUGCUUGGCAUUAAUCGCGCUUCGUUACAAUGUCAUGUUGCUAAUAAAGGUGCUGUCGAUGAAGAGCCUAAAGAAACAAAUGAAGAAGAUUAAGAACAUGACACCGAAAGACAUGGUGACCACUCUAGUCUCUUUCUACUGGUCAGUACUGCUGGGUCUCCUCCAUGUGGCCUUCAGUGUGGUUCGAGGGUUUUGCAGAAUCUUCUACAAUACCUUCAUGGGAGGAAAUUUAAUGGAGGGAGCCAAAGCUGUCAAGGUGUCAGAGCUGCUGGCCACCAUGCCUGACCCUACCCAGGAUGAGGUACGUGGUGAAGAAGAUGAAAGAGAAAGGAGACUAUCUGACCGCAGUUUCCCGAAGGAGGACCUAGCUGAUCUUGCUGUUAAUACCAGUGAAACUGAACUGCUGUCAGACAUUUUCGGUCUGGACUUGAGAAGAGAGGGAGGACAGUACAAAAUCACCCCCCAUAACCCCAACGCUACCCUCACCGAGCUUCUCAAUUCCCCAGUUCCCUCCUCAGCUUCAGCCACUGUUCCUCAGCCAGAACUCAGACAAAGACAUCAGUCCAAGAGUGGUCCCUCAGAAAAGAAGGAAGAAAUACCAGAAUCUGAACCUGAACCCGAAAAAGCGUUUGAAGAGGGACAUGUGGGGAAACAAGAAAAACAACUGAAGAAUGAGAAGAUGAAACCAAAAGUGAGAAGGCUUCACAGCUCAAAGUCUGAUGAACCAGAUCUGCAGGAGUCGGCCUUCUUGAAGAAAAUUUUGGCCUAUCAGAGGAAACUGCUGAACUACUUUGCCAGAAACUUCUACAACAUGAGGAUGUUGGCACUGUUUGUUGCAUUUGCAAUCAAUUUUAUUCUUCUCUUCUAUAAGGUUUCUACCUCUUCAUCCUUGGUGGAAGAGAAGGACACAGUGUACACCAACAGCCAAACAGACAGCAGUGUUCAGUGGGAUCCACUGGCUGGAGAACCUCAGCUAUCAAAGGACAGGGUGACAGAUGAGACGGGAGAGCCCCUGAGGCCAGUCUCAGUCCGUUUUGUUCUGGAAGAGAGCACUGGAUACAUGGAGCCCAUGUUAAGAAUCCUGGCUGUUCUCCAUACAGUGAUUUCUUUCUUCUGCAUCAUUGGAUACUACUGUUUAAAGGUUCCGCUAGUAAUCUUUAAACGUGAGAAAGAGGUGGCCAGGAAGCUCGAAUUUGAUGGUCUUUACAUCACCGAGCAACCAUCUGAGGAUGACAUCAAAGGACAGUGGGACAGACUUGUGAUCAACACACAAUCUUUUCCAAACAACUACUGGGAUAAGUUUGUGAAGAGGAAGGUGAUGGAUAAAUAUGGGGAGUUUUACGGUCAUGACCGCAUUAGUGAGUUGCUGGGGUUGGACAAAGCUGCUUUGGAUUUUAGUGAUUCUCACAAAAAAAGAAAACCGAGGAAAGACAGUUCACUGGCAGCAGUGCUUAACUCCAUUGAUGUGAAGUACCAGAUCUGGAAGCUUGGGGUUGUAUUUACUGACAACUCCUUCUUGUAUCUGGCCUGGUAUAUGACCAUGUCCAUCCUGGGUCACUAUAAUAAUUUCUUCUUUGCUGCUCAUCUGCUGGACAUUGCUAUGGGUUUUAAGACGCUGCGUACCAUCCUCUCAUCAGUCACACAUAAUGGCAAACAGCUGGUGCUGACGGUUGGCCUGUUAGCAGUGGUGGUGUACCUCUACACAGUGGUUGCCUUCAAUUUCUUCAGAAAGUUUUACAACAAAAGUGAAGAUGGAGAACUUCCAGAUAUGAAGUGUGACGACAUGUUGACAUGUUAUAUGUUUCACAUGUAUGUGGGCGUUCGAGCAGGCGGAGGUAUUGGCGACCAAAUUGAGGAUCCUGCGGGUGAUGAGUACGAGAUCUACCGCAUAAUCUUUGACAUCACAUUCUUCUUCUUUGUCAUUGUAAUCCUGCUGGCCAUCAUCCAAGGUUUGAUCAUUGAUGCAUUUGGUGAACUGAGAGACCAACAAGAACAAGUCAAAGAAGACAUGGAGACCAAAUGUUUUAUCUGUGGAAUAGGAAAUGACUAUUUUGACACCGUACCACAUGGGUUUGAAACUCACACUCUACAGGAGCACAAUUUAGCCAACUACUUAUUCUUUUUGAUGUAUCUGAUAAACAAAGAUGAAACCGAGCACACAGGUCAGGAGUCGUAUGUAUGGAAGAUGUACCAGGAGCGUUGCUGGGAGUUUUUUCCUGCUGGGGACUGUUUCCGGAAACAGUACGAGGAUCAGCUCAAUUGAGCUCUUGGAUCCCCAGACUCUAUCCUCUAACACUGCAGCCCCUCCAUGGCUUUUUACUUGCCCAGCAAACCAUUCUUACAGCUAUCUGGGAAGCAACCAAACAACACUCCUUUCUGCUCUACUUCUCAGUCCUGAGGGAUCUAGAUGUUCUUCACUUCCUUAAACCAUCCUCAUUUACACAGUCAACCAUCUAACGCCUGUCUAAUCUUCAGCUCACUUUGUUUGAAUGCUUCUUGUACAUAGGCAAUAUAAGAUUAUAUUACCAUACAUGACUGAUGGCUUUUCAAGAUUUUUGUCCCAAAUGAUCCUUUUUUGUUUCACUUUACUCUAUUUACAGGACUAUAACUUGCAAAAAAUAAAAUAAAAAUAGAGCAAAGGAAAAUAAAGGGAAGUGAAGGAGCUUGAAAGCCUUUCAGGGCAAUAAUUGACACAUGUUCAUGGUAUAUGUAGGUCCAGGAGGUGAAAACUCACCUCAUUCAUUCAGUUUAAGCAGAACAGAGCAAAAACCUGACUGUGAAAACAGAAAAAUGUGAAAGCUGCGUAGAAAAGGAAUGAAUCCAUCAUCCAACCAAUGUGCAGUGUGAAGAAUGAACAUGGGAGCUGGUGACAAAACCAGAACAUUCCUUAUAAAGGAACGUUUGUAGUUGAUAAAGUUUGCAGACGUUCCAUGUUUGUUCUUGCCCACCCUGUGUUUAAAGGGCUCCCUAACUGAGUUUCAGAUGUUUUCUGUUCUUAGUCUGACUCCUGUUCUUCAUUCACAAAAUACAGAACUGGCCAAAUAAACUGUUUUGAUAUGGCAAUAACAAUAAACAUUAAAUAUGAGGACAAGUCCUUCGCUGAUGGUCCUGGAGAAAUGCACACGGCCUUUAAUGAUCAACAGAUUCCACUUUCCAGAUUAGUACUCACACUCUAAUAUUUCACCAAUAGUUUUUUUAUGUUAAUUACCAAAGCAGCAUCAAUUUAAUUUGAUUUCCAGCUUCCCAGCUGAGGAUACUGGUCUAAACAACUUUGGUCCAACUGGAGCAAUAAGCUAUGUUGCUGCUAGGGAAGAGGAGUAUGUUGUAGACGCCAUCAGCAGAGAUGCUGAAGGAAGCAGAAAGCUGCGAUAUGAGCACUGCAAAUAUUGCAAAGAUAUAAAGCAUAUCAGUGACUGUCUGGAUGAAGAAAUAUAGAAAUUCAUGUUUGAGAUGAAAGCUGAGCUGCGAGGAGUUUGACAGAAGAACUGAUGCUAAAGCGGAAACAAUAUAUACUCCUUUAGUUCUAUGCUUAGUCCUUUAGUCUUAUAUUCUACCAUCUCCCAUUUUACUAAAGGUAUCCACUCUACACAUAACUUUCUAAGGUCAUCUUCCUACAGCUUAGACAAAAAUUGUGAAGUAGAAAUUAAAUUGAACCCUCUGUUCAGAGGAAUUAGAGAGAUUAAGAUUUCCAGGUCACUGACAGGCUGGGGGCAACAUUCAGAUUUCCUGAGCUUCAGAGUUUCUUUGGAGGCUUUAAUGGUUCAGGGGAAAAAACUUGGCUGCUUCUCGUUCAGUUGUGUUGUGCGAAAAAAAUGAAAGUUAUAAAGAACAGAGUUGUGAAAAACAUGGACUGUUGCAUUAAAGUAACAGUGAAGUCCAGUGUUGUCUCUGAAAGUGCCGCAAUCCCAGGAUAUUUAAUGUUCUUUUGUUUGGCUUUUUCUAUAACAGAGGAAAAUUCUCAUCUUUACAAUUAUUUUAAAAAUUCAGCUGAUGCUGGUUAUUACAUUAUAUUUAUAUGAUUCCACGCAAACAACCAAAUCCAACUCUAUCUAAACGUAUUGUUUAAAGUAGCUCUCAGUCACAACUGCAGCUUAUUCUGGGCUUGUCUGAUAGAUGACUCAAUGUUUAGGUGAUAACAACAGCAGACUGUAUGUUUGUGAUUAGCAGUGUUUGUGAGGAACAAUGACAAUUAUUAUUGACAAGUUAUUGACAAUUCAUAGUAUUGAUCUUUCCUUAAAACGACGGGCCAAUGGCUGGACUCUCAGUCUAAAUAUUUCAAGCCAAUCAUUCAGAGCAGUUUUGUUGGAUCUUGGAACUCUUUAAACAUUCUGCAUUUUGCUAUUUCCUCUGAAUAAAGCAGAACGUUUAGCUGCUAUAACAGAGACGCAUUACAUAUCUCCCACAGUUUCUAAGGUUUUGACCUGUAUUGGAAUUCCAUUCAAUACAGACUAGAAUAAAAGUAUCAAGAUAUUAAAGUGAGUUAAAGAUAGGAGUGGUGUUUAAUUUCAGAGGUUACUCUAAACUAGUCGGUCAGAAGAAAUAAAACAUAAACAUCCAACAAUUAUUCUUGGGUUUUUUCCUUCUUUGAUUAAUACAGUGACAUUGUUUAUUCUUUUUGUAAAGACAUUCUUUAAAUUUUUUUUAGAAAUACAGUUGUUGCAUGGAAGUUAUGGUGGUCUAAUGAACCAUAAAUUGCAGAAAAAAAUUUUAUUAGGACGACUUAAAAGAUUAUUUUUAGGAUUUCCGUACUACUGCAUCUAAGUGUUAAGUAUUUUUGCCACAUUGCAUCCCUUGAAGAGAAAAGAGAAAGUAUCUCAUUUCACCAUGUAUCUUUUUCAUAUAUGCAAUUUAUAAGAGAUGUGUUUAAUGAUGAUGGUUCAAGCAAUACCUCUUCGUUGAAUGUCUGGAGGGGCUGUACAUUGUUAAUGGCAAACAAAGACAGAAAAUACAUUGUUGCUAAACUAUUUCAGUUAAAUAAAUGCACGUAUUUAUUCAUUUAUUCUAUGCUUAUUCAUUUAGCUGUUCCUUUGCGUUAAAGAUGAAGAAACAUAGAAGAAAAAAAUUGUAAUUUUUUUGGGCUUGACUGAAAACAAUAAUGUUUUGCUUCUGUUCCACUUGUUAAGUUUGCACGUGUGAACAGGUCAUGGUGGUUUUAUUUUCCUCAUCAUACAAAAUGCAAACGAAAACUUCAGUGUAACCCCUUUCUGGAAUAGUAAACUAUGUGAACACCUACACUCUAUGUUUAGGAUAAGUAAUGUUAAGGUAUUAAAAUAAAAGUGUCAGUGUGCAUGUAAAUGUUCAGAGGUAUUCCAACUAGCAGAGACAGAUUUAUUGAAGCAACUUCAGGUUGUGUUUGCAAGGUCCUUCCUGCUUUGAAUACUGCAGCUGUUUCUUUCUAUUAGCUCUGUCUAAUCUCAAAAUUAUAAAGAAAUAAAUUUUAGUCUUGAGUAUGCUGAGGUUACUUCAUUAUACAAGCCCAAAGAGAAUUAGAGGCUGCUUCUAUUGCGUUUAUGGCAUUGAUAUUGCCACUGCUGAGGAGCCAGUUGGAAGCGUUGCAUGCAUAGUUUAGAUUUGCGAGAAGGGAGGGAGGGACAGUCGACCCUCAGUCGACAGUCAAUCGGCAGUCUACCUAUGUAAGCGUUCGGAUUCCUUCCAUGUUUUCCUGCCUUUUUUUUCUACUUUUCCAAUACCACCCUAGACUGAAUGAUGCCAUGAAUACAUUUUGUAGUAUUUGUAUGACAUAACCUUAAACAUAUUCAACUAUUUUUGUGAGGAUGCUGGUUUAUUUUAAUCAGUGCAUUAAGCAGACAUUUUGAAUAAAUUGUUGCUACUUUUGCCCAAGGGAAAUGUUAAAGGGGGACUGGGUAAAUGAGAUAUAAAUGAAUUUGCAUGUUCUGGAAAAUAAAUAUCCAUUUAUAAA